CAGUGAUGUUGAUUAUAUUUCGAAAUCAAUUCUUAUAGCCGCAUUAUUUAGCGCACUUCAAAGGUCUUGAUCGGGCAUUGGACACCAUCGACACAUGUGCUUCAGAGUUAUUACGAUUCUACCUGGUCGAAUACUGGAGAGAAGUCAGAAACUUGGAGAAUUUAAGCAGACCUGGAUAGCGUCUAAGCGCCUCCUAUCAGGAGUGCAUUCUAGGGUGUCCACACAUCGUUCCACACCGAACAGGGCCUCAAGGUCACGACUUUUCGGCAGCAUAGCGAAAGCAGGCCUGACAAUGGAGGAGAUGGAUCAGAGCAUAGUCGAUCUUGUCCGCCAGAUCCAUGACAAUCCAGCCAAGGCGGUAUUUUAUGUUGCAGGAGGGGGUGCUCAGGUGAUGACAUGGCUCCUGAGCGUGCCGGGCGCAUCAAAGACUGUGCUGGAGGCGCGGAUCCCCUAUGGCGGCGGCAAGAGCAUGGCAGAGAUCCUGGCAAAGGAGCCGCAGACGUACGCAUGCACGCUCACUGCAGUGGACAUGGCUCGCGCAGCCUACCGCCAGGCCGCGCACCUGUCAGAGUUUGGCGUACCCAUUCUGGGCGUCAGCUGCACGUGCGCGCUCGCCACAGACCGCGUGAAGAAGGGGGAUCACAAGGUGUAUGUGGCGGUGCAUGACGGAGUGAGUUCGCGCGCGUGUCGGGUGCACCUGUCGAAGGGCGCGCGGUCGCGGCUGGAGGAGGAUGCGGUUGCGUCGCGGCUGGUGCUGCGCGCUCUCGCGUCCGGCUGCGGCUUGGACGCCGCCGCGCAAUCGCUUGACCUGGGCCUGCUCAGGACGGAGCAGCAGAACGGCGCUGCUGACGGGGCCGCAGCAGGGCCCACCUUCGAGCAGCUACAGGAAACUGUGCAGAGCAUGGAGGAGCCGCUGCAGGAGCUGCUGGAGGGCAGGGUGCGCUCAGUGGAGUAUUCUGGCGGCCAGGUCAUCGUUGAUGCGCCUCGAAGGGGGAGAGUCUACCUUCCAGGCUCCUUCAACCCUCUCCAUGAGGGGCACAAGGGUCUGCUGGCGGCUGCGCUGAAGGCGAAGGGGUUAUCGGGCGGGGAGGGAUGCUUUGAGCUUUCGGUUGGCAACCCUGACAAGGGGCUCAUGUCACUACAGGAGGCCAAGAGCCGAGUCGCGCAAUUUGUCACUGCAGGCCUCCCACUCGUGGUCACUCAGGCGCCGCUGUUCACGAUAAAGUCCAAGCUCUUCCCCAAGAGCACCUUUGUGAUCGGCUACGACACGGCCAUCCGCCUGAUAAUGGGCAAGUACUAUGGGGGCGAGGUUCCAAUGCUGCUGGAGAUGACUGCCAUGCGCAACCGCGGCUGCUCCUUCCUCGUGGCCGGCCGCCUCGACGCCCAGAGUGCCUUUAAAACCAUGGAGGAUGUGGAGCUGCCAGAGCACCUCAGAGACAUUGGCCUGUUUGAGACCAUCCCAGAAAAGCUGUUCAGGAGCGACAUUUCAUCCACGGCAUUGCGAGAAAAAGGCAUUGUAUUGCCGGCAACUUAAUGCCUUGAAGGCUCAGCCACUACAAUGCAAACUGUCUUAUUGUAAAAUUGUACCAAAAGGCAGCCCACUGCUGCUCUGUACUUCUAUUUAUCUGAGGUCUGAAGACGAGAAAGAUAAAUCUUUGAUGAGCCUCAGAGAUCCUUUCUGAUGUAACUUUGUAAUUGUGGAAUAG